AAAUCAUUUGUGUAGCUUACAGUUUACAAUUACAAUGGAGGUCCAUGUUAUCGGUGCCUAUUUCCAACUCCACCUCCUACGACAGCAUGUCAAAGAUGCUCUGAUAGUGGUGUUCUGGGAAUCGGUAAGCCAUUAAUAUGUUGUGUCUUAGUCCAUUCAAUUAGAAAUAUUGCCUACAAUCUUGAAUUUAAAGAGAGAAAAAUCUGAGUUUGCCUGGGAGUUGUCCUUUAGCUGUCUAUCCUUGUUUGCAUUUCUCAAGUCCCUUGCAUAUUUCUAGUUUAUCUCGUUACUAGAAUUUUGAUAUAUUAGCAAGAAGAAUGGGUAUUCACAAAAGGGGAAUGUACGAGUGAUGGACCUGAUGGUCAAUAACACCCAACUCUACAUUUGAUGGCUUUGUCCCAAUUGCAUAAGUUUUGAAAGGUGAAGUUUAAAGUUUUUUGUUGUUGUAUUCCUAGCCAUAUUUCUAAUUUAUCUCAUUGUGAAAUUUUUGAUAUAUUAUAAAUGGGUAUCACAAAAGGGAAUGUAAGUAAGAGUGAUGUCAAGAACUCUAAUUCGACUCGAUUUUUUGGAUGAUGUAAUUCGUUAGGCGAGUUUUGUUUCCUUCUAUUGGUUAUUUUGUUUUAGUUGCAUCAUCUUGAUGCUUUCUCAAUUAAAUUUAUUAUUUAUCAAAAAAAAGAACUCCAAUUCGACUCUACUUUCAAAGCCAUAAUCUCAAUUGCUUUAAGUUUUGAAAAAUGAAGUCAUAAUUUUUUUUUUAUAUUUUUUUUGGUUUCAUUCCAUAAUCAUGGAUGUAAUCACUUUAAUACAUUACCAAUGUUGACUACCACAACCUGGAUGAGCCAAAAUUUAUGACAGCUCACUGAAAGGUGAAGGCAUAGCAAAGGAUUGCGGGGUUCUUUUAGAGAUUGGGACAAGAUCUCAGAAAACCUCAGAGCACAGUGAAUAACUGAGAAGAUGAUCUGCAGAUUCUCAGUGCCUUGCAGGAUUUGCUGACAACAUUGCAUAUUGUGGUCGUGUCAUGAUUUGUGUUCUUUUUCCUCAGCCAGCAGUUUUUUAGUUGCCUAACCCGGUACUUUGUCUUUAUGUGGUGGACCUUGAACUUGCUAUGGGAAGGCAUAGGAUGACACUAAGAAAGAUGCUUUAAUGUGCAAGCUAUUGUGUACAUAUUUGGAGUCUCCAGUCCAGUCCUUAUUUCCUUGCAAAUUCACCUGGCUUGCAAGUGAUGUAUUUCUUUUAUUUAUUUGCUCUACUUUUAUAUAAUUUUACAGUUCCUGGUAUUAUUGGCUGCCACCAAGCCCUUGAAGCUAUAAAGAUUGCAAGUGAUGUUGGUGAACCACUCUCAAGAAGGAUGCUUCUUUUUGAUGCAUUGACUGCACAGAUUCGUAUCGUCAAGAUCAGAGGGAGGUCAUCACAAUGUGAAGUUUGUGGAGAAAAUGCGACAUUCACCGAAAAGCAAUUUCAAGAGUUUGACUAUGAGAAAUUCACACAAUCUUCCCUGUCCAUAACUCCAUUGAAGCAAGACCUACUUCCUACAGAAGCUAGAAUAAGCAGCAAGGAAUACAAAAAGAGAGUUGUUAACAAUCUCAAGAUUUUAAUUGUGCAUUACUCGGGUAUUUUAUUGUAGGGAUGGAUGUAUAUAUUUUUUUCUUUUCUUUCCCCACUAGCAGAUGGUGGGGGAAGGAGGUCAAUGUUUCUAAUCUUGUUUACUGGUACCUUCAUUAUUGAAGCAUUUUGUUGACUUUCUCAUGACUAAUUUAAUGAGUUGAGUGUAAUAAAUUUGCCACUAAUGGUUCUGAGUGAAAUGAUUCAACUUUGUUUCAUAUUUCAGUGCACCAGUCACAUUCUAAAGCAGUGAAGAGAGCCA